AUGUCCUUCAGGGCACCAAAAGAACGCUAUGCGGGGCAGAACGGCUUUGAUGACUUCAACAAGCGAUUACCGACAGAGUCCCUCAAGGAAUCAGAGGCUGUUGACGCCCAGGACGCCGCCCGCUUCGUCAUCAGAGAAAUGGGUUCAUUCUUCCCCUCCUUUGAAGACAUGAAAAAAGAUAUACAAACGCCUGAAACCGUUGAAAGCACGAAAGAACGUAUCAAAAGAUUGAAGAGGGAAAAUCAAGACAACAUGGCCAAACUGUCUCGCUACUAUGCCCAGGAGCUCUAUGACGACUCUAUGGAUCGGUAUCUCCAGACUGAUGACAUCAAAUACUUUGACUUUGAAGAUUUCUCCAAAAGCUCAGACGAGUGGGCACAACAUUACGCAAGACUCGAGAAUUUCUUCAAACAGGAUAGCCAGAUCGUUGCAUCGGAGCACCUUGACAUAGUGUCGCGCAUGCAUUACGAUCACUUGCGUGAGCUUCUCCCGCUGUACCGGCGGCGACGCGACCUGGAGAAGCAGGCGGAGUUGACGCGAAUACGGCUGGCAGCUCAGUUCCCGCAGACGAUAGAAGAUUACCAAAGGAUGGACAGCAAGGGGGCGCAACUGCGGGUUGCGAAGUUCCUGAUGGCGGAGGACCCGAAACGGGAGGAGAUGCGAACGGAAUCUCGCUGGGCAUGGCGACAAACCGAGCCACUGAUACAGCUCUACAAGAACAACGAGACGUUUCAACGGGAGAUUGAGCGAUUCGUGUCAGAGAACGAAAGCAGGGAUCCACGGGCACGCAGAGUGUAGAUAAGCUAGCCAUAGGGAUACAUAAGAUCAAUGUAAAAGUGAUCGGUGUGUCGUGCAGGGUUGAGUAGCAUCAGCACG